CAUAAAAAUCUGAGCAUUGAGAAUAACUAGAACUACAACAUUGUGUUUUGGUUAAUACAUUACACCUUUAUUGGCCAAGAACAUAAGCUAUAAACGAAGUUAUUAUAAGUUUAAACAAAACGAAUGUUAUUUACCUGUUAGUCGUUUCUUUUUCUAGUAUCAUGUUUUGACUUAGUGAAAAUGAUAUUGAACGAAACGUUUUCAUUUUCCCGUCCUUUUGUCAUCUGAACUGUGUAUAGUUUGUAAUCGAUUAAUAGUUUUGAUAUGAAUAAUUUUAACUUGUUGCCAUUAGAUGGAAUGAUCUUCACCGUUGAUGGGAUUUAAAUGCAAAAUGCAAUUCCCGUCCGUGACAGUUCUUGAUAAUGAGAAUGUAAAUAGAAAUUUCAUCCAAAUUCAAAAUAAAGAUGUUCAUCACAGAAUGGUUUUGCACCCUGAAGGAAAGUUGAAAUUCUAAACAAAGUUCUCCUAUGCUUUUGUACAAGGAACCACGACGAAUACCAACAUAUAUGGCUGCUAUCAUUCGCCGUCAUCGUUUUUUAAUUAUCGUUAUCAUUUGUUUUCUAAUAUUAAUGACAUUCAGUUGGCACUUCCACAGAAAAGGAAAACCUAUAUUAAAAAGUACCCCAGUGCCAUAUGUUUAUGAAAGUUCCUAUGAUGAAAUUCAAAAUCUUGAUUCAAAUAAAGCGUAUUUCUCUGAAAUAUCGAAAAUGCCUAAAAGCAUUGAAGAGGAACUGCCACACAUCCUAAGUAUACGAAAAUCAUUUGAAGAAAAAGAAAUGUUUUCUUCCUUUCAGACUAACAUUAAUAAAGAGACAACUAAGUAUGAAGUUGAAGAAUUCAUUCCUUUAAAACAAAAACUGGACGAAUUUACGACUAAGGUUAUGAGACAAAUCGAAGAAAAAAUCGCGAUUGGUCAUGAGGAAGCACCUACAAUACCAAUCAUUCAACGUCCUGAAGGAAAAUCUUCCUCACCUUUAAAGAUUGGUGUGUUGGAAGAUGAAAAAAAAUUGCAUUUAAAAAACUCCGCUAUUACCUUCCCGAAUGUUGGGAAACUAAUUUCGUUAUCUACCAUACAACAAUCUGAAGAAGAUUUUCCUCCCCCAAAUCAAGACAAUAAAUGGAAGAAAAUGGAACAUGUGACAGUUCCCCUGGCAAGAAACAGAACUGGCAUGAUGGGAAUGUUAAGCACAAAUAUGCAUAUUAAGUUAAAUCAGAAAAAAUCAUUUCCGAAAGUACCAAAUAUUCGAAGCACAAGCAAAGAUUCUGUCCUUUUGAUUGAUACUCCAGGUUGCAAGAUACCAAGACUAGAUCCCUGGGAUCCAACCGUAAAAGAUCUUAUAGAGUUUCCAGACCCAUAUGUUUGUCCUGGUCCUCCAAUAUUCUUGAAAUCAAACCCAGGAGGUUCCAUAACAUUUAACAAAACUAUUUUAGAGACCUAUUACAAUACAACAGCUGAAAAAUUAAUUUGUUACUAUCAACCAAUAUAUAGAAGUCAUGAAGAUGAAGGGAGUGACAGAGAACUCGCUUUUGAAACUGGCAAUGUGACAAAGUUAAUAUUUGGGACUCCUCUCAAUGAAGAUUAUGUUGCUGUUUCAUGCAAUAUAAAUGGACAAAAACAUGAUCAAUACCUUCCUCUAGUGAGAUUUAGGGACGAUGUUGAAGAAGAAAGAAAUUCAAUGGUACCUCCAACUCCCGCACUAAAUGUUAUUUUAAUUGGAAUUGACUCUGUGUCAAAAUUGAAUUUUUUGAGACACUUUCCAAGGACUCACGCAUUUCUUAACGAGAAAUUAAAGCCAUUUGAGAUGAAUGGCUAUACCAAGGUUGGGGACAACACGUUUCCUAAUUUAGUUCCAAUGCUAACAGGGCAAUUUGUUGAAUAUUGGUGGAAUGAAACAGUAAUGGACACCAUGUUUUUUGAUAACAUUAGCCUUAUUUGGAAACUUUAUGCCAAAAGAGGAUACAGGACAUUUUACGCUGAAGAUAAUCCUCUUGCAGGUACAUUUAAUUACUUAAAAAAAGGUUUCAACCACCCACCAACUGACUAUUAUUUUCGUCCAUUGGCUCUUGCACUCGAAAUAUGGAAAGAUGCAGUCAAGCCAUUGAAAGAAUUUUGUUUAAAUUCUCAAUUAGACUUUGAAAUGAUUUAUGAUUAUUUAAAAGUAUUUGCUCAAACAAUGGAUAAAAGACCUUACUUCGGAUUUUCCAUGAUUUCUACUGUAACUCAUGAUAAACUGAAUAACGCUGCUUGGGUUGAUGAACCGACAGAGCGUCUAUUGGAGGAUUUGUUGAACACUGGUGCACUUAACAACACGCUUUUAGUUUUAUUCAGUGACCACGGAUUGCGUUUUGGUAAAAUUCGGCAUACUUACGUAGGUAAAUUUGAAGAGAGAUUACCACUAAUGUAUAUUCAUGUUCCUAAAUGGUUCUUAGAUCAGUACCCAGAAAUAGCCAAAAAUUUACAAACUAAUCAGGAUCGCCUGAUGACUCUAUUUGAUGUACAUGCUACAAUGUUGCAUAUUUUAGAUUUAAGCAAAAGCGAAGAAAUAAGAUCAAUGUUCACACUAGGAAAAAGUCUUUUUGAAGAAAUUUCACCAAACAGAACCUGUCCGGACGCAUAUAUACAAACACAUUGGUGCCCGUGCCAAGAAUUUGAUGUUGUUGACUUCAGUAGUCCUGAAGCAAUAAAUGCAUCCCAAGCUAUAGUGGACAACAUUAACUAUAAAUUACAACCAUAUGGUGGAAUCUGUGAAGUUUUGGAAGUAGAUACGAUUAUAGAUGCAAGAGUUGGCAAAGCCAAUGAGCUCAUGGUGCAAUACCUUAGAACAGAGAAUGAAGUGAUAAACAAAACUAUUUAUGUUGGCGACGAAGUUACGCCUCUUGACGAUUAUAUGAUAACGCUCAUCGCCAAACCUGGCGGUGCAGUGUUUGAAGGAACUGUUCGCCAUAAUCCAGAGGAUAAUAGUUAUAGUGUUUUAGGACUAAGUCGAAUUAGUAUGUAUGGAAACACAUCUUGGUGCAUUGACAGUCAAAAAAUGAAAAUAUUUUGUUACUGUAAAAUACAACAACUCACUUAAUUUAUGUUAGACUUUUAACUAUUAAAAGCUGAAAAUCAAAAUACGAAAAAUAUGCUUAAUAUAUUUCUGAUCCUUUUAAUUAAUAUGCACUUUAGAUAGAACAUAAAAUAUUUUUGUGUCCUGUCUAAAGAUCUGAGACGUCGGCAAUGAAAUCGAAUAUUUUAUUGGAGUUAUAUCUAAUAAAAGAUCUUUUACUUAUGUUAAUAUUUUAUUUGAGAAUUUAAAUUAAAAAAUUAAUCUUGAUUAACUUCGGUAAUAUUUAUUAUAUUUCUACUGACAUUUUGUUUUACUCUCAUUGGGAUGCUCAUAUAGUUAUAUCUGUUUCUUGUUUAUAGUGUGUGAGAUUUGGUUUGAGCCAUGAUCUUUUUCCUUGUUAAAUGAAUGCAUUGCCAUUAAGUAAAAUGUAUAUUUUAAAAUCUAUUGAAGAAUUAAUUCGGAAUUUUUAUGCUUCACUUAACAUAUGCUAUACCAAACAGAGUUAAUAUAAUUGCAUUUACUUCACUUUGGAAUCAUUAAAAAUAAUUCUAGGUUGUAUUUAAAGCUUUUGAUAAAUUCAGUCAUUUUCGAAUUUCUCAAUAUGAUAAAAUUUAUAGCUACAAAAAUAAAUUUAAAUUACAUAUAGGAAGAUCGUGAACUUUAGUUAUAUUUUUAUUUAUAAGAAGUUAGGCAAUGCAAAUACAAAAUUCAAACUUUUAUGCGCUUUAGAAACAGAAGUAAAUUGACUUUUAUUUUUUCCUCUUGUAACCUCAAAAUUUAAAUAUUGGUGUACUUUACAAGGGAUAUUAUUAUGUAUAAAUUUGAUACAGGAUUGAAAUUCUGGAAAUUUUAAUCAAUGUUUAGAUAUGUAUAAUGAAUAGUAAUAUAUCGGAAAAAAGGAACUGGUUAUCUGAAAAAAAUAUUUUAGUAAUUUGCUGGAAACUUUUUUCAUUUUAUUUAAAAUAUACUCUAAUAGCUUAAGUUUUAAUUAUUGGAUUGUUUGAAUACUAAAAAUAAUUACUUGUGAGAAAAAAAAGGUAAUUAGAAAAGUAAAACUUAUUGUAAAUAUAACAGAACAACAAUAUAAGAUCUUUAUAAAAAGAAAAAAAAAACGCUUCAAAAGAGAAAACAAUCACCAAACUAAAAAAGAAUUAAACUAAUAAAUUUUAUAGUUAUAAAUGAAGCAACUUUUAUGAAGAAAACAUCUUCAAUGUCUGGCCAUAAAAUUAAUUUCUUUCUCUCCUAGGAAUUUCAAUAUGACUUCACUAUUUUGCAUGUACUAACACUACCCACAUAAAGUUUUGCAGGCUCGAUUGCUACAAACGUAGUUAAAUAUAUCUUUUGAUUUAGUGUACAAUGUAUUAUAUUUUCUACAAGUGACAAGACUAGAGGACGACGUUUGUGGCCAAGGUUGAACUGCUUCUCUCAUUUUAUUUGAAAUCCUUUCAGACAAUUAUUUGUAUUUUUAUUAAUAAAAAAAUAUCAAAGUGAGUGUCAGAUAUGAAGAUUAAAGAAAAAUAAGACAUAUAUUCCUCAUAAUUGAUAUUAAAAUUAAAUAAUACAGCUUCAAAAUUACGUUCAACAUAUAUUGUCUGUUACUUAUCCAUCAAAUUAGCCGAAUAGAAGAUGAAAGGCCAUCGAGCCUAGGAGCUUCUAAAAAACACCAUAUCAUUGGCAUUGAAAAAUAAGACCGUAAAAAUAUUUUCUUUCUUUCUUAGCAAUUUUAGUACUAUCAUCAUUUUGCAUGUACUAAGAAUACCCACAUAAUGCUUUGUAUGCUCGAUUGUAACAAACUUUGUUAAAAUCUAUCUUUCAAUGUUAGUAAACAUUGUACUGUGCUUUCUUCAAAUGCCAAAGCUAAAGUAAGAUGCUUGUGGCCAAGGUUAAACUGCUUCUCUCAUAUUAUUUGAAUUGCUUUCAGACAAUUAUUUGUGUUUUCAUUAAUAAAAAAAAUCUCAAAGGGAGCAUCAGAAAUGGAGCCUAAAGAGAAAUAAGCGAAGCAAUUAAGGAGGCAUACCUACAAGAAAGAAGGAAAAAAAAAAUCACCACGUUCACAAAAAAUUCACGUGUCGGGUCCGAAGCAAUUAUAUCCAGGUUAGGUUUCACGUGAAAACUAAUAAGCAUAGAUGAAUACGUGUAAGAUGCCAGUAUUGCCUCUCUGAAAUUAAUUUUUUGGCAUUCCCCAAUUUUCUCAUUUUGAUAUAUGAAGUUGACCGAGAUGUUAUUAGAAUUGAGAUAUGGUCCCGUCCUAUAUACUUAAGAUAUAUUUUAACCCUUAACUGGGGACGUGUGGUCUGUGAGACCGGUAGCGAUGGAUUUUCCGUCACCCCUUUUCUAUUUUUAGGUCAAUUGAAUGAAUUGACCCUGUAGCUUCCUGUUUUGUGACCUUCAAUACACGUGCACUUUUUCAACCGAUUUCAGCAGAUGCUUUUAAAAAUAAUUCAGUUAUUUCUUCGAGUGCGGUCUCUAAGACCGCAUCUCCCUGUUAGUGUCCCAGUGAUAAACAAGGCUUAGCAGAUGGCGCUAAAACGUGGGCCCGAAAUAUCAUUCAGUUUACUGAUCCUAUUAUGAAGCAGUGCUCCAGACACUUUUAAAUGAAGCAGAAAGUGGUUUUAGUGAUAAGAAUAAUUGUACAGAAGAGUUUUUCGAUGAAAGUUCACAUUCAACUGAUUUUGAUAUGUAUGUUCAAACAUAAUUAAUUUUUCUAGUGAUAAUGUAUUUUGAAAAACUUAUAAAAUAUAUUAAUAUACCAAGAUAUAUAUAUAUAUAUAUAUACAGAAUUUAUAGGUUGAUUUUUAUACUACGCAGUUCUUAAUUUAUAUGUUGAAAAUGCCCUAGAAAACAGCGCUAUGAAAGUCACACAAGCCGAUAAAAAAAG